AUGGCUUAACUUUAUAACAAUUCCAGUUCAACAAAUGGCGUUUCUGAUCUAGUAUAUAAGGGUCGAACUCAUUUAAUCAAAAGCAUCAGUUGUCUCAUUGCAUCAGUCGUUCAAACAGCUCCAAAAUGAAGUUCACAAUCCUCGCCGUAUUCUUCACCAUUGCUGCCGUUCAAAGUUACCAGCAACAGUCUUACAAAACAAUUGAAUACAACUCACCUAUGCCUUACAGCUUCGCUUGGGAUGUGAAUGACUAUGCUUCCAGGAACAAUUACGCCCAUUCGGAAAGCAGUAACGGCAAGGCAGUUACCGGCUCUUAUCGUGUCGCCCUUCCCGAUGGCCGCACUCAGUAUGUUACAUACCGAGCUGACCACAAUGGAUACGUCGCUGAUGUGAAGUACGAUGGAGAGGCCAAAUAUCCUGAAUACAGACCAACAUCAUCGUAUUCUUUCCCCGCCUACCAAGCUCCUGCUCCAUCCUACUCCGCGCCUGCCUACAGAGCUCCAGCCUAUUCGACUUAUAGCGCAUCGUCCUACUCUGCACCUGCUCCAGGGAAAAGGGGUUAUGUUGCUGCGCCAGGUUAUUCCCAGUCUGGACCAUUGUACAGAGGAUGAAUUUCCUAGAUUUUCCCAGUUUCUACGCUGAAUUUGUAUGAUAUAAUGCUUAUCAUAGAUAAUUCGCUAAACGCUUUGGUGAUCAAAACUCUAUGCGACAAAAUGUAUAAGAAAAAUAUUUAACACGGAGUCAAACUUGUGUUACCAUUCGAAAUAAAAAGUAUAUGGGGCUAUUUAA